UUGACACUUUACCAGAUUUUACCAGCAAAAAUUCUUCGGGUAAAAUCUUGCAGCUUUUGACAAAGAGAGGACCGAUUUAACUCUCCCAUUUUUCCCCUACUUUUCCAGAAAACCGAAUACAGGAACGCUUAUGGGCUAAUUUCAAUCAUAAUAUUACGGUACAGUUUUGCAAACCAGUCAGUUAUUGUUUUAAUUUAAUUUUUGUUUGGCCGAACUCUUUAUUUAAUUGAAAUGCAUUUACAAGCCGGUGGGUGCUUAUUUCCAAAAAGCUUGCCUAGUAUUUGUAAUUAGUAUUAAAGAAAUUUCAUUUCAACUCUUUUUCUAUUUCGACUGUUUUAAUGAGUCUUAAUUUUGCUUUUUAUUCGUUCGACGAUAGUAUAGGCGGUAUACAAGGUGCGUCUGACUCGCGAGUCAUUUAUGUACGUGUUGACUCGACUUCGACUACACACAGUUGAAUCAUUCAGAGUCAUGCCAGGAGUCAUCAUCAAUUUAUUUUUACAAACACAUCCAAAACCGACUCGCGAAUCAGACGCACGGUGUAUGCCGCCUAUUACAUUUUAAGCAUUAAAACAUUUACAAUUUGAAAAUUAAAAAAAAAAAAAAUCACUUCCUGUUGUUAAUCCAUUUCUCUUCAUUCCCACCAUGCUUCCAUGUAUCAAUCAAUCAAUCAAUCAUGUAAUCAAAAUCAUUGCAAUGAAUGACGAUCAUUGUAGGAAAGUUUAGCGAUUUAUUCCAUGACGCUGCGGCUCAGCGCGCUAUUCGAAUCCCAAAUAAAGACGGUUAUUAGUAACUGGAAGGCAGCGCGUCGGCGUGCAAAUAAGAAUAAAGCUGGCAGCGCACGCGGCUCUAGCACUAGCCCUACAAAGCGUCAGCCGCCCGAUCGUAAUCGUGGUGGAGCCGCAUCGAAACGUGCACGCACCCAGCGAAACGCACGCCAACUGCGUAGUUCAGAUGAUGAUGAUGAUGAUGACGACGAUGAUGACGAUGAAGAUGGCGGUGGUCCGGUGAAUGCGCAGUCACGCAGCAAUCAACGUCGCGCUGGCGGCGGGGCAACAAACGGCAGGAAUGGCCCAGAUCGCAGUGCUGUAACUGCUGCUGCGAGUACUUCCGCAGGUUCGAAUCGUGUUAGCUCGUCUUCUUCACUACCAAGGCGUGGCGGCGGCGGCGGCGAGCCAACACAAGCAACGCGUAGUUCACGACGGAAGGCUGUCAGUCAAGAGUUACACGAUGAUGAGGAUGAGGAGGAGGAGGACACUGAACUACAUGUAACGGACGAGCACAGCAGCGCCAUGAGCUUCACCACAGAAGAUAGCGAUAGCGAUGAUAGUUCAGAUAAUGGUCGAAAUGAUAGCAAUGAUGGUUCGGAUAAUGAAGACGCGCGCGGUAGACGUGGCGCUGCACGCCGUUGCAAGCGACGAAGCGGUGGUGAUGAUUCGGAAGAUAGCUAUAAACCAGACAAUGAUAGACGGGGCAGUAAAAGACGCCGUGGCGGUGCGCGGGGUAGCAAAAAAAAGGCUGCAAAGAAGGCGAGUCGAAAACAAAAGGAUAAACAACCACAAGCUGCGCGCAAACGCCGACGGCGUUUCGAAGAUGAUGGUGAUGAGGAUUACAUGGAUCACAGCGGUAAGAGGAGAACGGCGGCAACGGCAACGGCCACGACAGUAAACACAAAUGGCGUUCGACGUGGGACAAAUGCCGCAGCGUCCGUUAUAAAGAGCAAUAUACGCCGCGGCAAUAGGCGUCGUUUGCAAUCCUCGGAGGAUGAACAGGACGAUUUGUUGGCACAGCACACAAGCUCGCAACCGGACGAGAGCACACAGGAUACUAUCACUGGUCAUCCGGCGGCGACGGCGGGCAUGAGGACACCAAAGAAACGUGCUUCAGCGGUAGGACGCACGCAGCGCGGCAACCAGGUUAAUGGCGCUGGAGAAAAUGGAGCGAGUACAAGUGCCAACGCGCUCCUACAACAGAGUCCCUCACGCAAUACGCGCAUGCAAACGAGCACGUCAGCAGCAGGGGCAGGUGCUUCGGCAGCGUUGAGCAAUCGGCGGAGCGCAACCGAAAUCGAUCACACCUAUCACCUGCCUGUGCGCAAUGGACGACUUCUAGACUCGGAUACAGACUCACGGGAAGUGGCCGCCAACGCGCGUCCAACAAGGUCUAGUUUCAAGCGUGCUAUCUUGGAGUGGGCGCGCACGAGCGAUGUGGAGGAUGCAGCGGAGGAUGAGGAUAGUGAGGAAGCAGAGGAGAUUCUGCCAACCCCGACGCCCACAAAGGUGACGCCAUCGAAGGCAAAUAAUGCCAACAAUCUAUUGAACGGACCAUCAACCAGUCGCGCCGCUUAUGGUGGAGGAGUAGUUCCCGUAGCUGUUGGACAAGUGCGUCAGCUGCGCACCAAUCGCAACACAGUCGUUGAGCCAACGGAUGAGGAUUCGGAAGAUGGUGACGGAAGCGAGAACGAGCCGCUCGUUUCGAGUCAAGCCAACGGAGUGGCCGCCAGUGGACGUAUGCAUUUGGCUAGUUACCCGCCAACCCGCAGCACAACUAACACUGCCACGCCGCGCCUACAGGCGCACGCAGCUGCCAUGAGUAACGCGCAUAUGACGCGCUCACAUGCCACAUCUACGACGUCAUCAUCGAACAUAACUACCUCUACAAUAUCGGCGCACGAUCACAACUAUUUGGGAUCCGAAGCACUGCGUCCGUCUUCAUCGGCUAGCGCAUCACGCAGCGCUUCACGUCGUGUGCUAUCAAGACACCAGCGCAACGCUGACGAGUUGGACAGCAGUGCGGAUCCGCUGGAUAACACAACCCUUUACAUACGCACCUCAGGUCUACGCCGUGGUACACCCACUUCGACGACGCAAAGUGCUUUGAAUGGUGGGACAGUGGAUGCCACGAUAUCGGCUGGCGUAGUGGCAACGCUAGCGCCACAACCUACGCGCACAGUUCGACGAGGUCGUUCGCGCUAUAGUCAAGAACACUCGCAAACUGCCGAGGACGACGACGACAACGAUGAUGAUGAUGUGGCAAGUGAAGAGGAUGCCAGCGCCGCUUCGGACGAGGGCACUGACGGUGGUUCUAGCGCGCAUAACGAUGUCGACGUCGACGUCGAUGAUGCCACUGAUGACUCGGAAGACAAUCAGCCAUUGACUUCGUACGUGCCGUCAGAAAGACGAACUCGCAAUCAUGGCAAACCAGCGCGUCGCACUAAUAGCCGCCGUCGUUCGGACGACUCCUUCGUGUGCGACGAUGACGAUGAGGACUACGAGGUGGAACGCCAGCGAGAGCGGCGACGUCAACAACAAAAAGCACGUUCGCGUCGUCGGCGUAGUGACGGCGAUGGCGGUAGCCCUCCACGCGGUAGCCGCAAGCAACGUGGCUCACGCAACCAAAAACGACCGCGUUACAACGAGCAGAGUGACGAUGACGCGUCGCAUGACUACGUGAGCCUACGAAAGCGGCGCCGUGAGGUGGAUGUGGGAGAAACGAGGGAAAUUGUAGGCAGCACUUCACAAAGGCCGGCGACACAGCGACUGUCACGCAAUCAUGAAGAUACGGAAAGUUCAGACGGGGACGAUGACGAACAGCUGGUGAGCGUUAGUAGUCGGGGGCGUGUGCGCAAAAUUUCGGCCAAGGCGCGUCGUAUAUUUAAAGAGUAAGCCAGUGUGCUGGCUGCGUUUGAGAUACCGACGCAGCAACGAAAGUACUGGCGUUUGAAAUGACUGUUGAAAAAACCAUAUGCACACACACAAACACACACACACACACACACACACUAUGCAUAUACUACAUACGUAGUUGAAAUAUUUACGGAGGAAAACGAAUGUGUGAAGAGUAGUAUGUAUUGAAAUAGGAACUUAAUUGAAGAUAUUACAUUUAAAAAUGCAAUUAAAAA